AUGAAAAACCUACAAGUGUUUCGGGAAAUUGACCGCGACGAAUGUGCAAAAAAUUGCGUUCUGAAUUCGAAGUGCAAAUCUUUCGACUUCGGCACUCUGAAUAAACGCUGUUAUCUUUUCAACGUCAAUGCUGCCACCAAGUACCGUGUUCGCAGGAACAAGCGGAGAGAUUAUUACCAAAUCAUUCCCCCGUUCGGAGAAAUGAUUGUGGUAAAAGGUGCUUCGAUCAAAGGACAAGAUAACAUGUCUCGUUAUCGUAAUAUUUCCAUCAAACAAUGUAAUGCUCGUUGUCAGCUCACUCCUGGUUGCUUGAUGUUUGAAUAUAAAGAAGAACAUAAUCGUUGCGACUUGACCAACAUUACACAUUCUGACCAUAAUCUCACGGCGAAUAUCUACGGAUGGGACUAUUACAGCAUGAAUGAUGUAAAAAAUGAAAAAUACUUUUUGAAAGUUCUUCAUGCUUCACUUAAGGACAGCCAGUUUUAUGACACAAUGAAAAAUACAACAGUAGAACAAUGUGCUACAAAGUGUACAAGUCAAUCUCACUGCAGAUCAUUUGAGUACAUACAUGAAAACAAAAAAUGUUUCUUAUCAAAAGAUGAUGCCUCUAAAGAAAAGAAACUUCAGCGGAAGUACAAGCGAGAAUUUUAUCAACUGGAACAAGGUAUAACAAAACCAAAGAGUUAG